AUGGCCACUAUUAAGUUGGCCACACCACAAAAGCAGACGGUGCACAAGUCAAUGGGCAGGAAGGUGCCCCACAAGCAGCUGGCCACCAAGGCAGCCUGCAAGAGCUCGCAAGCCACGGGCAGCGUGAAGAAGCCGCACUGCUACCAGCGGCCCGAUACCGUGGCACUGUGCAAGAUCCACAGCUACAAGAAGUCCACCGAGCUGCUUAUCCACGAGCUACCAUUCCAGCAACUGGUGCUCGAGACCUCGCAGGACUUCAAGACUGACCUGCGCUCCCAGAGCUUGUCCGUCAUGGCGCUGCAGGAGGCAUGUGAGGCCUACCUGGUGGGGCUCUUUGAGGAUAUCAACUUUCGCACCAUCCACGCCAAGCGCAUUACCAUUAUGCCCAAGAACAUCCAACUGGCAUGCCACAUUCACGGAAGGGGGGCAAAAAGUUUACAUAUGAUGCUGAAAUCUCAGGGUGGGACAAAUUAG